AUGAGGGCCUUCUUCGUGGCGAUGCUGGUGUUGUGGGCCGUGUCGACGGGGUUCGAGAUUGGGUCCUGGGGCCGACGCGAGCUGGUGGACAUGCCCGCCGGCUUCGCCUUCUUCCAGGCCGCCAACACCGCUGUCUCCCGCGACCCGCUCUUCGUCAACACUGCCGUCUCGCUCCUCCACUCUUCCCUCACCUCCACCUCAGAUUUCGCAAAAGAAUUGGCCUAUGUUCGUUUCAGAUUUCGAAGGAUCGGUUCUCUCUCUCCAGGGUGGGGCCCGCCUGUCGGGUUCCAGGCCCGGAAAGCAACAAGCAGGCGGUCCAAUCCAAGCGGCCGACGAAGAGGAGAGGGGGCUAGCCGGCUAGCGUGUGGACGGGUGGGGCUCUCGGCUCGCCACGACGCCCCCAUGCCGCCGCUCCGUCGCGCCGCGGGCGACACGAGCGCCUUCUUCGUGGCGACGCUGGUGCUGUGGGCCGUGUCGGUGGGAUUCGAGAUCGGCGCCCGGAGCCGCCGCGAGCUGGUGGCCAUGGCCGCCGGCUUCGCCUUCUUCCAGGCCGCCAUCACCGCCGCCGUCUCCCGCGACCCGCCCUUCGUCAAUACUGCCAGAGGGCACAGCAUGAGUUAA